AAUUUGGCUUCAGUGCUGCUCGAUUGACAAACCUUCGGUCGAGCGAUGUCGGCACAAGACCGAUGUGAUCUCCAUGACGACCUGAUUUUUCUACAACUUGGCACGUCUCUGACGUCGCAGAUCAACCAGACGAUCCAAACAAUCCAAAGUCACUGUGGAGAUGCCGAUCCACUCGGAGUACAGUUUGCUGGAUUAGUCGGUUCAGUUUUGGCAUUGACUUGGUUGAUUGAUGUUUCUGGCGCUGCACACGCUUGCUGCUGCGCAGGUGGUCGGCGUUCAGCUCAAGUGGUGUAUUUAGGAAGUUCAGUGCUGAACAGUGCCGGACUCACCAUUCUUUUGACAGUGUCAUUGCCCUACACUGCAAGCUUGGGCUUGUCCGCAGCUGCUUCAGGUCUUUUAAUCAGUGCCUCAGCCAUCGGAGGCUUAACAGGUCAAUCGCUUGCGUAUUGGAUCAUUCCCGACGAGGCAGAUACAUCAUGCGAGAGGGUUCGUCGCAGUACUGCAGUUACAUUAUUUGGGCAAGCAGCAGCGCAUACUGCGUAUGUCUUCGUGGUUUUGACAAUGAAUGACUUGUGGAUAACAUGGACCUGCUUGUUGAUAUUUCGGGCUCUCUCAGGAUUCUUCGGGGCGCUCACCAACCUGGCAGCCAGUCUCGUGGCUUUGCACAUGUCACCAGAAUCAGAAGUGAUGAAUUUGCAAACCGCAAGCCAAGCUUGCCGGAAUUUGGGUCUUUGCAUUGGUGUAGCAGGGUCUUCUAUAGCUUUGUCGACAGCGGGUGCGUUGACAACAAGCGAGCUGAAUACCCGACGCCUGGGCGCAGUGCCUGUGAUGGGUUUGGUGCUUAUGGUUUUGUUGAUCUUCUUCGUCAACGCUUGCUUCGUGCCCAGGGAGCUUUCAAGAGGAGGUGCAGAAGCUGGUGGGGAUGAGGAAGAGACAGAGAGGAAAAAGAACAAACAGCAACCAAACCACUCAAAAGAGCAAGAAGAAGUUCUGGCUCCAGAGACUGAACGCCCUGAAGCCACCAACUUGGAGAGCAAAGAAGCAAAUGACUGCAAAGAUUGUGCUUUGGACACGAAGUCUCAGAAACCGCCGACAUUAAGCAAGUUGGACGAUGAAGAGAGGAAGGCACUAUUCUGGUAUGCCGUAGCUUUCAACUUUGAAAGGUCCUUCUCUGUUUCAGCCAUUGAGGUGGCGACCACAAUGAUUUCUCAGAGAGAGUUUGGCAUGACGCCCAUUACAACUGGAUACAUAUUCGGGCUCAUCACCGUAGGGGCUGUACUUCUCAAUCUCCUGGUCGGUUGUACUCCCUCUUAUAUCCCGACCCGCUUAUACAUCAUGUGGCUCAGUGCAAUUGGUGGCGCUGCAGCCACAGUCUUCCUAUUUAAUGUUUGGCCAAGAGUGUUCCUCUAUUUGGCCGACACAUGCCUCUUUAUGUUGUCCAAUACGGCGAAUGGCGUGGUUGAUGGCAUAGCAACUUUGGCUGCUCUGCCAAACAGCGAGUACUCCAAGAAGCGCUACAUGAAUUACAAGAUGUUAGCAAUGGCAACAGCUCGCAUUGCGGCUGCGCCCGUGGCCAGAGGCACGUGCUUCCAGUUUAGGGUCCUGUUUGUUGGAGUGGGAGGCGCGCAAGUGCAGGAUUGAGAAUCACACCUCACUUUGAACGGAACAAAGCAGUAGGCAGCAUGAAAAGACAGCGCCCUCUCACAGCAAAACCUUUCGCUGUCAACUGUGCGACUUGUCAACCAGUCACCUCAGAGGUACCGGUGGAAAGGCGGUUCUCCGCAAAUCUCAUUGAAGCUUGAAAUUGAACGGCCCCACAUCUUGCACCAGACAUGUACCUUGAAAGAAGCAUCAUCAUUCGAGGAUAAUGUAAGACACGCACGGAUGC